UGAGAUUUCACUUAAUAUUGUAUCCUCAUCAAGACUCUUCAUCAUGCCGUCCUCCAUCCCUCGCGCCACAAUCCUGGCCUUUGGCAUAACCUCGUUUGCGUCGGGAAUGGCUUCACUCAUCUCGCCGAGUUUGAUGAUUGAAUCCCUCAACUUGCCUGCAGGCGCUAUACCAGCCGUCAAGGGCAACGCUCUGGCGGCCAUUGCCAUGGGCAUUUAUUACACGCUGGCCUCGUACCAAAACAACACUGCCUUCUUUAUGGCUACCGUUCCGAUGAGGCUGCUUACAGCGACGGUGUUCUGGGCGCAAGAUUGGAAGGCCGCGUCGAUUUGGGAGGGCGCAGGUGCUGUUUUAACUGCAGCUGCGUUGUUCUUGUCAUAGGAUGAUGCUUGAGGAGCUGAAAUCGAGAUUGUCACAUCUCAAGCCCACAUUCGCCUAAUGGAGCAAUGAUUCUAUACUACUAUUUUUGCUUUACAAUGCCCGAGAUCAUCCGGUCUGACUGCAUUUGAUUUUGUCUUUUUAUUUUCUCUUCCCUCAUGGAAAUGAGUCCUUCAACGUGAGUCAUAAGAGACUAUUCUGGAUAAGGAGGACGGAAAUUCCCAGGUGGAGUUGGAUACAUCCAAUUGGAAGGUGGAACAGUGCGGUUAUGAUGCAGAAAUACGAAUGUUCAACUC